UUUUAAGCCGUUGAAGGUGGAUAGAUAUAGGGUUUUACUCUUUUGAAUCUCAAUUUAGGGCUAGGGAAAUUAUUCAAUCGUUAAAUAACCUGCCGCUCUCUUGUUCGUUCUCUGAGAUUUUCGUAUUGUGUGUUGAUUUGGUUGUCUGGAAAUUGUUGCAUGAGAUAAAGGAAAAGCAUCAUUUCAGGUUAUGGACGAGAUCUGGGAAAGGGCUGUUGUGACGGCGCUCGAUGGCCAAACAAACGUCGCUUCUGUUCGCACCUUGACGUUGGACGGAGCUGUAAAGUGUGCUCAUGGGCGUCUACCUCCUCAUUCCGUUUUCGAGAAAUUCCAUGAUCUUCAUCAUCUUUCCAUUGCAAACAUUGGCUUAGCAUCGCUCGAACAAUUCCCUCGUCUUCGUAAUCUUCAAAAAUUAAUCUUAUCGGAUAAUCGAAUUGCUGGUGGCCUUGAGCUCCUUGUUGAAGCUGGUCUCGAGUCAUUGAGAGAUCUUGAUUUAUCAAAUAAUCGAAUUCAGGAUAUAAAUGAUCUCCGUCCUCUUGCUGAACUUAAGGUUGUUUCUCUGGACUUAUACGAGUGUCCAGUUACUCGGGUAAAGGACUACCGGUCAAGGGUUUUUAGUUUGAUUAAGUCAUUAAAGUACUUGGAUAAAAUGGACGCGGAUGAGAAUGAGAGACCAGAAUCAGAAUCAGAAGAUGAUGACGAAGAUGAUGAAGAAGAAGAAGAUGAUGAUGAUGAUCCUGGAAGUUGUGAAGUGGAUGAAGAGGAACAGGAACAGAAACAUGAACAUCCUUGUAGGUUGAAUAAUGGGAAUAGUUCAGGGAAUGAUGUGAUUGUGGAUGUUGAUGAGGAUGAAGAGAGUGAUGCAGAUGAAGAAGAAACCGAGACUCUGAAAGGGACAAAACAAACUUCUUCCCAUCAUCAAUCGAAUGGUGUUGCAGAGGAAGACGACGAUGACGACGAUGAUGAUGAUGAUGAUUCAAUGGAUGAGAUUGAUGAAGAUGAUGACGGAUAUGAUGUUGUAGAGGUUCAUGAUGUUGACGACAGUGAUGAAGAAGAUGGGGUUGACGACGAGGAUGAUGAUGGUGAAGAUGAGGUUGAUAAUGAUGAAGGAGAUCUUGGGUUGCCAGAGAGCACUGAUCGAUUAGCAAGUAGAGAGGGAGAGAUAGAUGGACAUGAGCAAGGUGAGGAUGAUCCAGAUGAUGAUGGAGAGACCGGAGAGGAACAUGAUGAAGGUGUAGAUUUUGAGGAGGAAGAUAAAGAUGGUGAAGAGGAGGAAGAAGAUGAUUAUGAAGAAGGGUACUUGGUUCAACCCGUUGGUAGGAAAGCUGAAGAUGAAAUAGCUGUGAAACCAGGUAAAGAAGAUGAAGUAAAGACCUUUCUAUCUUCUUCCAAGAGGAAAAGAGACGACGACGACGAUGGUGAUAAGUACAUCGUAUCUCCCUCUUCUUCGUCGAAGCAUAGGUAGGUAUUGUGGUAGUUAGAAAAGAAGGAAAGAAAAUGGAAAAUUCACAUACACAAAAGACAUCAUUUUCAAAAGGUGGUUGUUCUCCCUCUUAAAGUGCCGUUAGAUUUUGUAUCUUUUUUAAAUGGUAGUUAUUUUGGAUGGAGGGUGUAGUGGUGUGAACUAGUGAUAUAUAUA